GGCGGUGGGCGGGGCGUGGCGGGUGGUUGUGGCGGCGGCUGAGCGGUGGCCGCGGUGGCAUCGGAGGGGAGCCCCAUGGUGCGGGUGCGCGGGCCGUGGAGGCUGAGCGAGGCAGCGCCGCCAUGGGCUCUCUCUUCCGCAGCGAGAGCAUGUGCCUGGCGCAGCUCUUCCUGCAGUCGGGCACGGCCUACGAGUGUCUGAGCGCGCUGGGCGAGAAGGGCCUGGUGCAGUUCCGAGACCUCAAUCAAAAUGUAAGUUCUUUUCAAAGAAAAUUCGUCGGUGAGGUAAAGAGGUGUGAAGAGCUCGAACGAAUACUGGUGUACCUGGUGCAGGAAAUCACCAGAGCUGAUAUUCCCCUGCCUGAAGGAGAGGCCAGUCCUCCCGCACCACCUCUUAAACAUGUCCUAGAAAUGCAGGAACAGCUGCAGAAGCUGGAGGUGGAGCUCAGAGAAGUCACCAAGAACAAGGAGAAGCUGAGGAAGAACCUGUUGGAGCUGGUGGAGUACACCCACAUGCUGAGGGUCACGAAGACCUUCCUCAAGCGGAAUGUGGAGUUUGAGCCCACGUAUGAAGAGUUUCCCGCCUUAGAGAACGACUCUCUGUUGGACUACAGCUGCAUGCAGCGGCUGGGCGCCAAGCUGGGAUUCGUUUCUGGCCUGAUUCAGCAAGGCAGAGUUGAAGCAUUUGAAAGGAUGCUGUGGCGGGCCUGCAAAGGGUACACCAUUGUGACCUAUGCAGAGCUGGACGAGUGCCUGGAGGACCCUGAAACGGGUGAAGUCAUAAAGUGGUACGUGUUCCUGAUUUCCUUUUGGGGAGAGCAGAUUGGCCACAAGGUUAAGAAGAUAUGUGACUGUUACCACUGCCACAUCUACCCGUAUCCAAACACGGCUGAGGAGCGCAGGGAGAUUCAGGAGGGGCUCAAUACUCGGAUCCAAGACCUUUACACGGUGCUGCACAAAACGGAGGACUAUCUGCGGCAAGUGCUCUGCAAAGCUGCCGAGUCCGUGUGCAGCCGUGUGGUCCAGGUGAGGAAGAUGAAGGCCAUCUACCACAUGCUCAACAUGUGCAGCUUUGACGUCACCAACAAGUGCCUCAUAGCUGAGGUCUGGUGCCCCGAGGUGGACCUGCCAGGCUUGCGCAGAGCACUGGAGGAAGGCUCGAGAGAGAGCGGAGCUACAAUCCCCUCGUUCAUGAACACAAUCCCUACGAAAGAAACACCCCCCACUCUGAUCCGCACCAACAAAUUCACUGAAGGUUUCCAGAACAUCGUGGAUGCCUAUGGAGUCGGGAGCUACAGAGAAGUGAACCCAGCUCUCUUUACCAUCAUCACCUUCCCGUUCCUGUUUGCUGUGAUGUUUGGCGACUUUGGGCACGGCUUUGUCAUGUUCCUGUUUGCCCUCUUACUGGUGUUAAAUGAGAAUCACCCCAGACUAAGCCAGUCACAGGAGAUCCUUAGGAUGUUCUUUGACGGCCGGUAUAUCCUGCUGCUGAUGGGGCUGUUCUCUGUGUACACCGGCCUCAUCUACAACGACUGCUUCUCCAAGUCUGUGAACCUCUUUGGUUCUGGGUGGAACGUAUCUGCCAUGUACAGCUCCAGCCACUCUCCAGAGGAGCAGAGGAAGAUGGUACUUUGGAAUGACAGCACCAUCAGGCACAGCAGGACUUUGCAGCUGGACCCGAAUAUCCCUGGAGUUUUCCGAGGCCCCUACCCUUUUGGCAUUGAUCCUAUUUGGAACCUGGCCACAAACCGCCUCACGUUCCUCAACUCCUUCAAGAUGAAAAUGUCUGUGAUUUUAGGAAUUUUUCACAUGACUUUUGGUGUUGUUCUGGGAAUAUUUAACCACUUGCACUUUAGGAAGAAGUUCAACGUCUACCUGGUCUCGGUGCCUGAGAUCCUGUUCAUGCUCUGCAUCUUUGGGUACCUGAUUUUCAUGAUCAUUUACAAGUGGCUGGCAUACUCGGCAGAGACCUCGAGAGAGGCCCCGAGCAUCCUGAUCGAGUUCAUUAACAUGUUCCUGUUCCCAACCAGCAAGACACACGGGCUCUACCCAGGGCAGGCACACGUCCAGAGAGUGUUGGUGGCUCUCACGGUGCUGGCUGUCCCCGUGCUCUUCUUAGGAAAGCCGCUUUUUCUGCUGUGGCUGCACAACGGGCGCAAUUGCUUUGGCAUGAGCCGGAGCGGUUACACACUCGUGAGGAAGGACAGCGAGGAAGAGGUGUCUCUUCUGGGCAACCAGGACAUAGAAGAGGGCAACAGCCGCAUGGAAGAAGGCUGCCGAGAAGUGACGUGUGAGGAGUUUAACUUCGGGGAGAUCCUGAUGACGCAGGCCAUCCACUCCAUUGAGUACUGCCUCGGCUGCAUCUCCAACACCGCCUCCUACCUGAGGCUCUGGGCACUCAGCCUGGCCCAUGCACAGCUCUCUGAUGUGCUGUGGGCCAUGCUGAUGCGCGUGGGGCUGCGUGUGGACACCACCUAUGGGGUCUUGCUGCUGCUGCCUGUCAUGGCUUUCUUUGCAGUUUUGACCAUUUUUAUCCUUCUGGUCAUGGAGGGUCUUUCUGCAUUCCUCCACGCCAUAAGGCUUCACUGGGUAGAAUUUCAGAACAAAUUCUACGUUGGUGCAGGCACCAAGUUUGUUCCCUUCUCCUUCAGUCUGCUCUCCUCCAAGUUCAGUAAUGAUGACAGCAUAGCAUGAUUGCACGCUGCAGCAAGCCCGCUCUGAUCAACGGAGGACUAUCAUGUUACAGAAUUCACUCACUCACUCCGGUCAGAACUUACCAGGGGAAAGUUCCACCCUCGUUGAUUGCCUUACGAUUCAGCCAAAUGGUUCUGUAAGAUACACCUCUUCCUCAUGGUGAAGAUUUUGUAAAACUCACCACUCCGGACACAGAAAUUUCGUUGGUUUUUAUUAUGAGCAAAUAUAAGUUAAUGCCAACGCUACUUUAAAGUUAUUUUUUAAAGUGUAAGAUUGGAGGAGAGAAGCCAGCUGAACAGCUAGCUAAAAAUGGUCUUAGAUACUUGAUUCCUUUUCAACUUAAAAAAAAAGAAACAUGAAGUUAUUCCAUCGCAAGAAGAUGUCAGAUAAUAUUUUCCAACAGCUCAAGUUAGGCAUAGUGUUUUCAGACAUUACUGCUGGGUCAUCAGCAGGUCCCCGCUCCCACUGCCUGCUCCAGAAUGUAUGUGAGUUCUCCCAAAAUGCUCGCAGGAUUGCCGGGAGGGGCAGCGUGACAGCCUGAUCUUCUUUUAAUAAUCGGAGACAAUGUGACAAAGUGGCACAGCGAUGGCUCUCCUGCUUGCAUAUUUUUUAAAGACGCUUGUCCUUCAUCCUUGUGUUAGACCAGUCACGGCAGUUGUGCGUUCUGAAGGAUGACUGUCCUGAGCCUUAAAACCCAGGGGAGACAGGAAAAGCCGUGUGUAUUUUUAUAGCAAAGAACAGAUGAAGAUAUUUUACCACAGAGACUGCUUCUACUGGACAAUAGUAUAGUUUUUUACUUUGGCACUAAUUCUGAAUAAAGGUCUGAUGGCCAGUUUGAUUUCCCAAGCUGUUCAGGUUAGCUGAAAACUGAUUCUUACUAACCUGUUAAUUUAUUACAUUCAUGUAAGAUCACCUGUCCUCAGCUUUGAGUGAAGUUGGCUCAAUCCCAUUGAACACUUAGAUCCAUGUCACAGUCUUAGAAAUUAUCCUCACUUUCACAUUUUACGUUAAGCGAGUUUAGCUAAGUAUUUCAGAAAGCAAUCUGAGGCUGGGGUGUGGCCUGAUUGUUUCCAUCCCCCGAACCACUUCACCCAGGUGUGGUGGCAUCUGACUGGUAUUCCAAGGACUUAGAAGGUGGAGGCAGGAGGAUCAGGAAGUUCAGGGUUUCCUUUGGCUAUGUGGUAAGUUUGAGGCCAGCCUGGGCUAUGUAAUAACCCUAAAGAGAGAAAGGAAUCUAACAUGUCUCUGGCCUCUUAAAAUUCUGAGUUCCACGCUAUUGCAGAGACCUUUUGGUGCCUCAGCCCUCCAGAACCAUGUGGUAGAGUGUGGGUCCCUUUCCUUAAAAGCCAAGCCUCUGGCAGCCAGAAUUUCACAGCUUCUUGGGUCCUGUAAGAGCUGCAUGCUGAGAGGCAUGGACUGCUUGUGCCUCAGCUGGAGAGUAACAUCAGAUCGCUCCAGCCCCUGUGGGGUCCACACUGACGGCAGCGAGGCUCCAGCUAGGAUGCCGAGCCUGCCGGCAGCUGGGUAAGCUGGUGCCGCCCAGUGUAGACCUGCUCUUACCUGUAUCAUGUGUCACCCCCAUGUCACUCUUGUUACUGUGCCCCCAGGGUCUUUGGUCACCACAGAGAUAGCUGCUUCCAGGGACAGGAACCAAACAGUUUCUGCCAUAUGUACUGUCCCUGUUGGCAGUUGUGAUGGGGCCUCUUUUAUAACUGGCAUCUCUUACCUGGGUACAGAACACAGAGCAAGAGUAACUUCUCAGUUGAAGCCUGUCACAGUUAAAUAGAAAUGUCCUUGCAUAAAUGGAAGUCACUGUUUCAUGAGCCCUCUGGAAAUAUAAUUGGUAGCGUCCUCUCAGGGGAUGCAGCUCUUUGGUGGUGUCACAUGUUCCUCUUCCUAGAACAACAUCAAUGGAGCCACGUCACAUAGACUUAUGCUGGUGGGAAGGCCCGAUGUGAUGUGGCCAGUAGAGGCAUGCAAAGGGCUUUGAGCUCCUGCACGCUCCCUCCUCCAUAGGACCUGGGACAGACUCCUUUUCCCCCAGAUCCUCCCCUGGCCUCAGUUCUGGAAUGGGUCUCUAUGCUUCAAGAUAUUUAAUGCCACCGACGCAGGCCUUGGCCUUGCCAUCCUCUUGCCUUAGUCUCUCAGCUGGCACUACAGGUAUGCAAUGCUGGCCAUGGGUGUAAUGACAUUCAGGCCCACUGCUCCGUCUGCAGGAGUGUAGUAAGGCACAGACCGUCCACUGGUAACUUACAGGGCUGGCACAUCAAGCUGUGAUUUAGAGUUUGAACAAGUUUUGGAAAAUAAAAACAAAACCAGCUCCAAGGUCACAUUUUUCUACGGAGGGAGGAAGUCUGGGUAUGCAUACAUGCCACACUAUCCAGAUGGGCCUUAGGAACUCUUGUGGUGUUGUGAAGAGGCAGUUUGCCCACCAGCAGACCACUGCUCUAAUACAUCAAGAAAUCCUCAGACCGUGCAACUCCACAGGAUGAUUCGUCAAGGCUGUGUUCUGGAGCUGGGACCUGGGGCGGAAACUACGGGAGCCAGCCAGAGCCGCACUGUACUGAUAGACGCAUGGAAGGACUAGUCUGCCUGACAGUAUUGAACUCCCUUUUGCUAGUGACAAAAUAAAUGUAUAUUUUUGAGAUGCCA